UUUAAAAUGGACUGAAACAGGUUCACUGCUACUGGACGAAACAGUGGACCUCCACCUUCCUGCCAUGGAAGGGUCAAAUGCAAAAAAAAAACCAGGAUAUGGGCGUCACAAAAAAGAGAAUUCUGCAGGCCAUCAGCCACUGUCCCGUCAGUCCCCAGGAGACGGCAGUGGUGAUGACACCGUCCAGCCCAGGAAGCUGAACGGCUCCUCAGUGGACACACCGAGCUACCAGAACCUGCACCGCGAGCUGCUGCUCAGCCACAAAAGGGGUCUGCUGCUGGAGGAGAAACCUGAGCUAAAGCGAGUGUUGGAGCAGCGCAGACUGGAGCUACACAAAGAGGAGGAGAUGGCUCGACGGAGGCCCUCAGAUCUGGAGACAGAACUCCGCAAGAGGCAGCAGAAGCUGCAAGAGUACGAGCAGGAGGAGAUCAGGCAGCGGGAGAACCAGCAGAAGAUCCCAGAGUUUGUCCGUGUGAAGGACAACCUGAGGCGCACUCAGACAUCGGAGCAGUUAGGCCUUCAGGCUCCCAUCAGCCCCUGCAGCAUCUCACCAUAGUGGCCCUGAAUCUUUCUGUUCAUUGUUUUGUGAGUUGGAUGUUUGAUUGACAUAUGUGACACACAUAUGAGUCACAUUUUAAAAAAGAGAUGCACCAGCUGACUUCACAUCUCUCUAUGGAUUUAAUUUGCAUUUGAAUAC